AUGGCUUCAACAUCUGAAUUGGAUCUGAACAUGGAAAAGUCAGAAGAAUGGAAGGAGGUCAGGAAGGAAAUGCAUCGAGCCAUAGCGGACAGAGAUGAGACCCGUGUUCUAAAGUGCCUUGAUGCUGUGCCUGCCCUGAAACUGUGGUUAGACCCCGAUAAAGAUGUCUCUGCUCGCUACAAAGCUAUUGAAGAGAAAGCUUUCCACAUUCAUGGUCUGCUAGUCUCGCGUGAAUGUCGACUCAAGGACGCAGGAGAAUCAUCGUGUUACGAACGUCUCACACCUCUUGGACGAGCUGAAAUUCGACGGCAGCGGUAUUACACCACAGAAUGCGGGGACUCUUACAUCGACUAUCUGAAAAGCAAAUCACGGAGCGUCACCAGAUGUGAUGACUUCAAUGAGCGAUUGGAGAAGAUGUUCAAGCACCUCUCCAGUGACGAAUUAAACAGGAAUAUUCUGAAAGUGGCUGCAACAGCACCGCACCUGGAAGUAGUAUUCGACUACAAGAGUGAAAGCGUUCAGCGGACUACGGGAUGCUCGGGUAGACACAACCGCGGUCUCGCUUUCUACAAAGAACAAAGAGUUUUCGUCGGGGCCAGCACUGAAGAAGCCGUAACCCGCGGGACGCUCAUUCACGAGUUAUGUCACGUGGCGCUUUGCCUAGUGUAUAAUAAUGAUUGCAAGCCUUAUUCCCGCGUGGAUACGGAGAGAGAACAGCAAUAUGGAGCCAUUCUGACUGACAUAAAACGAAGGAAAGAAGAGCUGAAUCUUCUUAUCCAACAAGCAUUCUUCGGAAACGAAGAAGAAGAGCUAAUUGUACGGAUCCCUCACAUACUGGCUCAAUAUGGUUGCGACGAAAGUGAUAGCGUUAUUCAAAGUCAAGUACCGGAACUACGAAAUUUUUUCGAGGAACAUGUCAUCCCGGACAUGCGGGAAUACAUUCAGAAUGGAAUCCCAACCAUAGAUGCAACUAAGAUAGAAAUAGAAAACGCGAGACUCAACAAAGCUUUAAAAACUGGCAAACUCGAAGUCCAAUUCGAGAAACCACUAAAGAAGAGUGUCUGGAAAGAGGGGUCACUUCACGUAUUUACGGGUCCAGAACUGAGGCUUCUCGAAAUAAUGGUUCACAACGCUGUGAAAUCUACGGGAAGGCCAUACUUGUUUUUCGAAGCGAACCAAUAUGACUCCACUCUGCGGGAUGUGCUACUAGACUACAAAUGUGCAUUUGUGCUAGUAUCCGUCCAUCCAAACGAAGACGUCCGAAAGAUCAUUGAACUUCUCAGUGAAGUAUCCUGUGUCACUGGAUCAAAAGUCAUCUUGCUCGUGGAAGACAGUGAGAAAGGAAACUUGAUGAAAAAAGUGCAACAAGAUGCAUUCUUUGCGGAGAGGCACAGAGUUCAUAAGGUCAUCGAAGCAAAUUUUGACCGUAUUACCUAUAGCUGUAAAAAAGAAGUUUUCGAAAAUUCCCGCGUAAAACUUCAGGGCCAAGACGUUUCUACUCUUUCGAACGCAAUGAAUAUAGACACCCUCUUACGUUGCGUAGACACUGCGGUUUUCCUAAAGCUAUGCGAGUCGGGGAACAUUGACCUGGGACCUCGUCUUCAUGAACUGGAAGAACGUGUUCAGAACUAUUAUGUGGAACGAGAGUAUAGAAGAGCCGUGGAAAUUGACUUAAAAAAAUGCAAUCUAAAAGACGACAGUGAGGCUUUCGCUCUUCUGGGCUGUCCACAUAAUCAGGUCGCAAAACUUCUACCUCGCGGUUGUGAGCCAAAAGCCAAAGGGGAAUUAACGAAGUUCGAGAAAUUCGUACUCCUCCAAGAACCACGUGACUACGAAGCUCUCCUGGAAGAUGGUCAUUUCCAAGACAAAGUAGUGCACCUGCUAAAGUUCGACGAAGCUCGUAAGAGACUCUUGUGGACCAAAUCGAAUGGUCGUCUCAGUCACCUUCCAAUGACGAGAAGUGAGAGAUACACCGAGGACGCGUUGUUGAACGUUGACGAGAAGGUUGUCAUAGUCUCUGGCACACCAGGUAUGGGAAAGAGUACUCUAGCAAAGCGCUUGUGCACAGAAGUAAAAAAUCGAGAUUCGAAGCGGUGGGUGAUGUACGUCGACCUUCCUCAGAGAAUGGCAUCUGUUAAAACAGCGUUGGCGAGUCAAGCGGAUAUGUGCAAGUAUCUAGCGGAUCUGUGUCAAGUACAAAAAAAUGGUAUAGAGUUCGCUUUGUUCGAGAAAAGUUUGAACGACGGAAGCCCUUUCGAGAUUGUCAUCAUCUUGGAUGCCUUCGAUGAACUGAACGAGGAAUACCGCAAGUGCGUCUUGGAGCGUACAUCGUCUCUAUCUGAAAAGAUAGCGUGCAAGAUAUAUAUGUUUACUCGUACCGUAUUUAAGCCCCAUGCACAAGAUGCUCUGCACACGGUGUCAUAUGAACUCCUUUCUUUUUCAGCCGAAAAUCGGGCGGAGUUCAUUAGAAAAUAUGAGGAAACAGCUCAUUCAACCAAUGAAAACGAUGGAGCUUCUGAGCUGUUCCAGAGACUGCUCACGAACUUGAUGGAGACAAACGAGACAAUCCUGGAAACCCCUCUCCUGCUUCGUAUGAUCUUAGAAAUGAAGAAUGGGGAAAUUGCAAAGUCUGACGAUUACUCUUCGUUACUUGAACGUGCAAACAUAUCAGCCGAUAAGAACUUAUACAUUGUACACGUCUACAGGUUGUUUGUCUGGUACAAGUACCUUGUAUUCAGAAUUGAAAAAAGAAAAGAAAAUCUCCGCCUACACGCCGUGCAAGAGGAGGAUGACUCCGCAGCGCUUCAGUUUUACAAAAACCAUGAACUUCUCGCUAUGAAGUGUAUAUUCCCCCAGGAAACCUUGGAAUCCUUAUUGAACAGAGAUGAAUUAGAGAAUGUAGAGCCUGAAGGACGUUUAAUGAAGGACGCAGCUAAUAAUUGUCUCAAAGAAGGAUUUCUGAAUGGUCUGAACAACGGAAUUCCAGAGUUCGUUCAUAAGACAUUCGCUGAAUUCUUUGCAGCCGAUUACUUACUGAAAAAAGCGAAAGUAACAGAAAAUUUAGACCUGAGGGAUGUCAUUGUCGAUCUGUACCGUGAAGAAGAAUACAGCGGUGUAAUGAUGUUGUUCGACGCACUGGCAUCGGAGUCCUUUCCCCUUCACUCUGCUGUGAUGAACAAUGACGCUUCAUAUUUUGAGCAACGCGUUAUCCAAAGAGAGGAUAUGUUGAAAGUCGAUGAGCUCAAAAGGACGCCAUUGCACUUAGGAGCCCUGCAUUCUGAUGAAGCAACAUUGAAGAGGCUUCCAAUGGAUGAUGAGCUAAUCAAGAAGGAUUCGUUUCAAAUGUCACCGUUUCGGUACGCAGAGCUGCGGUCUCCAUGGGACACAAAAUACACUGGAGAAUGGAUGGAAUGCAUGCGGACUGAGACUUCGGCUGCGGGAGACAGACUCAACGUAUUAUGCGCUCGAUGCAGUGAGGAAGCAGUGAGACGUUCUACCGAAAAUCUGCGCAGGUUUGAAACCUUGGAGCAAAAGAGACAUUUCCUUGAACGAGCAAUAUUCACGGCUGUGAGACAUGACCUACGAGGCGUUUUAGACGUGUAUCUGAGCUAUGUGUCCCAGAAAGAGAGUAACGUAAUCCUAGACAGAGACAUCAUGGACCAAUUAGGAUCACGCAACGAACGAAGCUUGAGGUGUUCUGCAGAGUCUUCGGUAAUUGGAAACCUUGAUAGUUUUACAGACAGUAGCAAUAGAACUGUCCUUUUUUACGCAAAGUCUGAGACUGUUUGUAAAAUGCUCCUUCCUUACUGCGACACGGGAAUUCUUGAUAAGGAUGGAAACACAAUGUUGCACAUUAGUGCGAAUGAAGGAAAUCUAGAGACAACACAGUUUUACCUCGCACAUUUAUCCAUUAACAAUAGAAAUGGAGACUUUCAAACUCCUUUGCACUUGAGUGAAGAUGCAGAGAUUGUGAAGCUACUUCUUCCUCUUUAUCCCUCAGUGAAUGUUCUCGAUUAUAAGCAACGAACUCCUAUGGAUAGAUGUGCAGAGAGAGAUGAUUUGGAGGCCAUGAAGUUGUUACUCCUUCGCACUCGGACAUAUGACACACAUCACAUGAGACCGAAGACAACGCUUCAUGAGGCUUCUGACUCUCAUUCCCUUAAAGCUGUGACGUUUCUUCUACCUCACACAAAUGCGCACAUGCUUAACUGCGAACGACAAACGUGCUUAGACGUUGCUUGGACAAGUUUGAAAUGUCUGUGGAGUUGGGAUUCCAACGUUGUGAGGUGUCUCAUCCCACACUCUCUCGUGAACUCACCUGAAACGUUCGGCUCAUCACCGUUGUACGUCUGGGCGAAAGAUGACGGACCGAAAGUGAUGCAAACUCUAUGGCCUUAUUUGCGACACAGUGACCCUAGGCAUGCACAGAGGAUCAGCAGAAGCUCGGUGAAGGUGAUUCACCAACGCGAAUGUGUGCAAGAUAUGAUAGGAGAGAAGGACUGGUGA